AUGCCUUCGUCAAAGUUGAGCGUAUCCUCUGUCAACGCCGGUCUGCCUUGGCCGACGGGAUUUCCCAAGGCACGCCAGAGCCGCCACUGGGAGGCCGGACUGAGAAUCUCUUCAGAGCUCCUGGAGCUUUUCAGCACUGAUUCCAGCAUGUUCACCGCCGUCAAGCUUAAUGGCAGGUCGCUUGCCAGAAUUGCGUCUCACGAACUUUUACUGCCGGAAGAGGACCGGUUCACCAAGUUUGCCACGUACCUGUUCCCCGAAGCCGACAAGGAGAGAACCCGCCUUCUCGCAGCCACCAUUGUGUUCAUUGUCAUCUUUGAUGACUCGUGGGAGAUGCAUAGCGAGGACAAGCUUGGCGUGGUUCGUGAUGAUUUUCUCCGCCGCCUGGAGUCCAACGGAGAGAAAGAAAAGUCCAAGUCCGAACUGCAGUCCCUCAUCGGUUACGUUGUGGACGGUCUCAAAAGUCACGACAAGAUCGCCGGCAACGGAGGCCAGGAGGUCAUUGACCGACUCGCGGACUUUUGUCGACAUGUCCCGCCCCAGUCAAACUUCGCCAGCCUGGCAGACUACUUAUCCUACCGCAAAAUUGAUGCGGGUGUCCCGUAUAUCUUGGCAUGUGUGAAGUUCUCGCUAGAGUCCAAUGUUGAAAUUGAGGACCCCAAGAUGACCAGGAUCCUCCGUCUUGUAAGCGAUCACGUGUCGCUAGUCAACGACCUGGCAUCUUUCGACAAGGAGCUGAAGGCGCUUGAGGACGACAAGGUCUGCUACAUGAUCAAUGCGGUCGACGUCGUGCGUCGUCUGCUUGGAUUAGCUACCUAUUCUGCCGCCAAGGCCGUCACUUACAGCGUGCAGCUGGAAGUGGAGGCUCAGAUGGAGGAGGAGCUGGAAAGGCUUGCCAAAGAAAGAAUCUUGUCCCCCAAGGAGGAGCAGUUUGUUUCCGCUGCAUUGACCAUGACGGCGGGGAACCUAUUCUAUUCCGUUGUAACUUCCAGAUAUGGUGGUGAGGCUGCCAAGAUUGAUGUCUAA